AUGUACAACCGCAACCAAAGCCAGCAUCAGAACGCUCAAGGCAUCCCCAUCUAUGUGGAUAAUACAGCAACACCAGUAGGGCCUUUUGUAGUAAACAGCAACAAUCAGUUUAUCCUACGGCCUAUUCCUAAUAACCAACAAGCACAGCACCCAUCCCGAAUUCCUCACAUAGCAACAACCCCAUUCCCCAUCGAGCUUUGGAGGUCUUCUACUACAUUGCCAACAGAUCCAACCUCCCCCACUGUACUGUAUGCAGACCCCCGGGCGCGUGCAAGAGCUCAAGCAACCCGAUACCCUCCUCAAGGGCAGCCUGUUACUACAGAGGUACUGCCAUUUGGAUAUCAGGUUAGGGGGGAGUGGCAUAUUGGGUACCUGAAUCACCUUAUGCAGCAACAGCAACAGCGCCCUCACCCGGAUAUAAAUCCUAUGUGGACUCAUAGUGGGCUUCAAGCUCAUGAUGCUACCUAUCGCAAUAUGGGCGUCAGCGUCCCGGGCACAACAUGGCCAACAGCUGCGGUAGGGAUGACCCUGAACCAGCCCUCUAUCCGGGCAAUAGAGAGAUCAGGAAUUCAUAUCUGGAACAUCAAUCCAUACGGGUAUGUUGAGUGGAUAUGGCAGGGAACAUAG